GUUGGCAUUGCUGAAGAAGAGUGGUGAAGAAGAUUGGAAGAGCAGGCUUGGCAAAAAGCAGGAGUAUGCAAAAGUGUCUGUCACUGAUCGUAGUGCGCAGAUGCAAGAAGUUGAGCAGCUGUUGAAGAAGAGAAUGGCAGAUAACCAGGAGAGUCAGAUGACUAUUGAAGAAAGGAAGCAUCUGAUUACAGCUCGAGAAGAAGCCUGGAAGUCCAAGGGUAAAGGAGCAGCCAAUGACUCCACACAGUUCACUGUAGCUGGCCGAAUGGUAAAAAAAGGCCUGGCUUCUCCAAGUGCGCUAACGCCAGUAGCAUCUCCUUUCAGUAACCGACAGAAGUCCACCACUCCAGUUACAAAGCCCUUGGAAGAAAUUGAAGCCAGGCCUGAUAUGCAAUUAGAAUCAGAUAUGAAGCUUGACAAGUUGGAGUCGUUCUUGGGAAGACUGAAUAACAAAGUUGCUGGGAUGCAGGAGACAGUGCUGACAGUUACAGGAAAAUCUGUGAAAGAGGUGAUGAAGCUGGAUGAUGAUGAAACAUUUUCCAAAUUUUAUCGCCGUGUGGAUUUCCCUUCCUCCUCAGUGCCUUUGGACCUCGAUGAGGACUUCGAUGCCAUCUUUGAUUCUUAUGCACCAAAGUUAAUAUCUUCUGUAGCAGAGCACAAACGUGCAGUUAGGCCUACGCGCAGAGUCCAGUCCUCAAGAAACCCCCUGAAAAUGCUGGCAGCAAGAGAAGAUAUUCUUCAUGAAUAUACUGAACAGCGACUGAAUGUUGCCUUCAUGGAAUCAAAGAGAAUGAAAGUAGAAAAAAUGUCUGCAAACUCAAAUUUCUCAGAAGUAGCACUUGCUGGCUUGGCAAGCAAAGAGAACUUCAGCAAUGUUAGCCUGCGGAGUGUUAAUCUAACAGAGCAAAACUCUAACAACAGCGCCGUGCCAUACAAGAAGCUAAUGCUGCUGCAAAUUAAAGGAAGAAGACAUGUUCAAACGAGAUUAGUUGAACCAAGGGCCUCGUCACUGAACAGUGGAGACUGUUUCCUGUUGUUAACUCCACAUUUCUGUUUCUUAUGGGUAGGAGAGUUUGCAAAUGUCAUAGAGAAAGCAAAGGCUUCAGAACUUGCAACUUUAAUUCAGACAAAGAGGGAACUUGGCUGUAGAGCAUCUUAUAUACAGACUAUAGAAGAAGGAAUAAAUACCCAUACCCAUGCAGCCAAAGACUUCUGGAAACUCCUUGGUGGACAGACAAAUUACCAGUCUGCUGGAAGUCCUGAAGAAGAUGAAAUGUAUGAAUCUGCAAUAAUAGAAACAAAUUGCAUUUACCGCCUCGUAGAAGAUAAGCUCAUUCCUGAGGAUGACUACUGGGGAAAGGUGCCAAAAUGUACCCUGCUACAACCAAAAGAGGUGCUGGUAUUUGAUUUUGGCAGUGAAGUAUAUGUAUGGCAUGGAAAGGAAGUUACUUUAGCACAAAGAAAAGUGGCAUUCCAGCUGGCAAAACACUUGUGGAAUGGUACCUUUGACUACUCCAAUUGUGACAUAAAUCCUCUGGACCCAGGGGAAUGCAAUCCCCUCAUACCCAGAAAGGGACAAGGACGCCCAGACUGGGCUGUGUUUGGCAGACUCACAGAACAUAACGAGACCAUACUGUUCAAAGAAAAAUUUCUUGAUUGGACAGAGCUGAAGAAACUCAAUGAGAAGAAUUCUAGUGAAUCGCUUCACCAGAAGGAAGAAUCCAGAUCUGACUCUAAACCAUAUGAUGUCAUGCUAAUGGUAGCUGUGCCCCAGAUAACUGUAGGCACAGUCUUGGAUGGAAUGAAUAUUGGCCGGGGCUACGGACUUGUAGAAGGAGAAGAUGGGAGGCAGUUUGAAAUUAUCACUGCAUCUGUGGAUGUCUGGCACAUCCUGGAAUUUGAUUAUAGUAGACUGCCUAAGCAGAGCAUAGGGCAGUUCCAUGAGGGAGACACAUAUGUGGUGAAGUGGAAGUACAUGGUGAGCACUACAGUUGGAAGCAGGCAAAAAGGAGAGCAACAAGUAAGAGCUGUUGGAAAAGAGAAAUGCGUCUAUUUCUUUUGGCAAGGAAGGCACUCCACAGUGAGUGAGAAAGGGACAUCAGCACUGAUGACAGUGGAACUCGAUGAAGAGAGAGGAGCACAGGUACAAGUGCUUCAAGGGAAAGAACCGCCAUGCUUCCUGCAGUGCUUCCAAGGAGGGAUGAUUGUGCAUGCUGGAAGAAGGGAAGAGGAAGAAGAAAAUGCACAAAGUGACUGGAGGCUAUAUUGCGUGCGAGGAGAAGUUCCCAAUGAAGGAAACUUACUUGAAGUAGCAUGUCACUGCAGCAGCCUGCGUUCCCGGACAUCCAUGAUUGUCCUCAAUAUAAAUAAAGCUCUUAUCUACCUGUGGCAUGGCUGCAAAGCACAAUCUCACACCAAGGAUGUAGGAAGAACAGCAGCCAAUAAAAUAAAAGAACAAUGUCCACUGGAGGCAGGGCUGCACAGCAGCAGCAAGGUGACAAUACAUGAAUGCGACGAAGGGUCAGAGCCCUUGGGAUUCUGGGAUGCAUUAGGAAGAAGAGAUCGAAAAGCCUAUGAUUGCAUGUUGCAAGAUCCUGGAAAGUUUAAUUUCACCCCCCGCCUGUUCAGCCUCAGUAGUUCAUCAGGAGAAUUCUCGGCCACCGAGUACGUUUAUCCUUCAAGAGACCCUGCUGUCAUCAAUUCCAUGCCAUUCUUGCAAGAGGAUCUCUACACUGCCCCACAGCCAGCACUGUUCCUUGUUGACAAUCACCAUGAAGUGUACCUGUGGCAAGGCUGGUGGCCUGUGGAAAACAAAAUCGCUGGAUCAGCUCGAAUCCGGUGGGCUACAGACAGAAAGUCUGCAAUGGAGACAGUGCUCCGGUACUGCAAAGGAAAAAAUGUAAAGAAGCCCCCAAAAUCCUAUCUAAUUCAUGCUGGCUUAGAGCCUCUGACCUUCACUAAUAUGUUCCCAAGUUGGGAACACAGGGAAGACAUCGCAGAGAUCACAGAAAUGGAUGCUGACGUUUCUAAUCAGAUAAUCCUUGUAGAGGACGUGCUGGCCAAGCUGUGUAAAACAGUGUAUCCACUAGCAGAUCUCUUGGCUAGGCCUCUACCUGAGGGAGUUGAUCCACUGAAGCUUGAAAUCUAUCUUUCAGAUGAGGACUUCGAGGUUGCAUUAGAAAUGACGAGAGAAGAGUACAAUGCACUGCCAUCUUGGAAGCAGGUUAAUCUGAAGAAGGCAAAAGGACUUUUCUAAGUUGUGUUUAUUGGAGUGAGCACUAAAGGGAUGUCUGUUCUCACUUUCUAUGCCCUUUAGAAGAAUUGUGUCCCACAUUUGCAAAAUAAAUAAUCUGAAGUUAUUAGUGACUACCUAUCUGGAGGUGUGUAAUAUUCUAAAAGGCCAAGAGAACCCUUUGGAAAUGGAAUUAAAUUUCGACUCCUAAAGGUAAAGUGUUUAAGCUCUGCUCUCCUAUGCACUUAAACAGUAGUUCCUUGAGCUACUGCAGCAGGUGUCCUUUGGCUAUACACAAUACUUGCCAUUUUUGGUUUUGAAGAAGUUCUCUUUGUAAAGUGUUAUUUUGUUAGUUUGUGGAUUACAAAGAAUUUAUAUUUAUAUAAACACAUAGAACAAGUAUGUAUUUAACAAUGCAAUAUAUAUUCACUUUCAAGACUUUCAUGUCAAAACUACAGAAAAGUAGCUGGACAACAGUUGCUUGUACUGAAUUAGCUAUACCACCAGUAUGUAUCCCUUGCGCAUUCUGAAAAGUUUCUCUUUGCAAUAGGUAAUGAAUUGUUCCCAGUGCUGCUUCAGGUGCUAAACUGAACAAAGCAUUUGUAUUUAUAGCAUGGGUUUCUUGAGAAACUAUGCGAAUCAACCUUUAUACUUUAUUAUCCAAAAAUGUAUAGUGCCUUGUUUUUUGUGUACAGUUUAUAUACAAAAAAAAAAAAGAGAUUGGUCUGCAUUUUGAAGAUGGCUUAGAACGGUCUCCUAUGUUACUUUUGUAAUAGUAGAAAUAAAAACAUCUCAGUUUCUAAUACUUGUUGUAAACAUUAAACAUGUCUUUUGUGAUAUAAGAACUGAAAGAAAAAGCUUCCGAAUAAACUCUUAGCGAUGC